AAUGAGACAUACAAACCCAUUUUUAAAUAUUUAAAAAAAAAAAAAAUCUCUACCAACCACUUGUGCGAAGCUUCUUACCAGCGCUGGGACCAACACGCAAGACCAGCCCAGUGCCUCUCCUGGAGACCAGGUAUUCCCCUUCUCCUGCACACAAACCCUUCAAAAACUGAAGAUGAGAAGAGAUACAAUAGAGAGCAAUAACACCAAGGCCAGUGCCCCCCUCCUGACCCAAAGAUACCUGAGGAUGGUCACUAAGGAUGGACACAGCACACUCCAGAUGGAUGGUGCCCAAAGAAAAGGUCUGGCAUACCUCCGGGAUGCAUGGGGAAUACUAAUGGACAUGCGCUGGAGAUGGAUGAUGCUGGUCUUCUCAGCUUCCUUUGUCAUUCACUGGCUAGUCUUUGCAGUGCUUUGGUAUUUACUGGCUGAGAUGAACGGGGACCUGGAGCUGGACCAUGAUGCUCCACCUGACAACCACACUAUAUGUGUCAAGUACAUCACCAGUUUUACAGCUGCUUUCUCCUUCUCCCUGGAGACACAACUCACCAUCGGGUAUGGCACCAUGUUCCCAAGUGGGGACUGUCCCAGUGCUAUUGCCCUGCUUGCAAUACAGAUGGUCCUGGGGCUCAUGCUGGAAGCCUUCAUCACAGGUGCUUUCGUGGCCAAGAUCGCCCGGCCCAAGAACCGGGCCUUCUCCAUCCGCUUCACGCGCUCGGCCGUCGUGACGCGCACGGAGGGCAAGCCCCUCCUCACCUUCCAGGUGGCCAAUACCCGCUCCAGCCCGCUGACCAGCGUCCAGAUCUCCGCUAUACUUUAUCAAGAGCAGGAGAACGGGCAGCUGCACCAAACGAGCAUUGACUUCCACCUAGACAGCCUUACUUCAGACGAGUGUCCUUUUUUCAUCUUUCCACUCACUUACUACCAUUCCAUCACUCCAUCCAGCCCCCUGGCUGCCCUGCUCCAAAGAGAAGCUGCCCACCAUUUUGAGCUGGUCGUCUUCCUCUCAGCUGUGCAGGAGGGCACAGGAGAAACGUGCCAGAGGAGAACAUCCUACCUGCCCUCAGAGAUCAUGCUGUACCAUCGCUUCGCCCCUGUGCUAGCCCGCAAUGCCAAAGGUGAAUAUCAGAUCAAGAUGGAGAAUUUUGACAAGACCAUUCCUGAGCUCCCAGCUGCAGCUGACUCAAAGAGUCCGAGAAGGACUGACAAGGAGAUCAGCAUCAAUGGACAGCAUGCUGACAGCUUCCAGCUCUCCGAGACUGGCCUCACAGAAUAGAGAGAACAGACUCUGAAUUUUGUGCUUUUUUUAAUUAUUAUUAAACUUUCAGGUUCCAUUUACAACCUUCCUUCCUUGCCUGCCCUGCCACUUUCUAGCGAUCUUUCUCUUGUACUCCCAUCCUUUUGAUUACAACAUGAGAGGCAGAGUAAAGAAACCUGGUGUGCCUAUGUAAGCUGAGGAGAGGCCGGAUGAACCACCCAGAAUAAAGUCAGGUACAAGAAUCACAGGACUAAUUCUGGGAAAUUAAAACAGCUACCUGCUGAAUGCACCAGACUAUGAUUAGAGUCGCACUGACCCUGAAAGGAGAGACCUCCCAA